AUGAGCAUUUAAGAACCACCUAGAAAAACAAAUAAUGAAAAUGAAAUCGCAUAAGAUUCAAAACAAGCUACAAGCAAGAAGGGUCUCAAGCAAAUGAAACUCGACUAUAAGUAAGAACUCAAAAAGCCUAUCGAUGGAAAACUGUUGUUUGGUGAUAAGUCAAUAUGUCGACUAUGUAAAGCAUCGACAAUGACUGAACCUACUAUUAUUUGCAUUCGUUGUCAUUUCAAGUACCAUUAGGAAUGUAUACGCACAUAAAGCAAAGAACCUCAAAUUAAGGAUGGAAAUAAAUGGCACUGCUUUUCUUGCCUAGAUAGAAUAGAGUAGAGAAAAAUAAAGGAUUCAUAACCUUAAAAAAAGAAACAGUACAAUUAAAUACAAGAUUUCUUUUAAAAAACAGUUCAACCAUAAGGAGACAAAAUCAAAAAGCUUACUGAAUUUUAGUAGCUUUAUCCUACUUAUGUAUAAUAAGGUAGAGUAUCCUUCCCUAUUUUGGAUGAAUAUCUAACAGCUUACCAAGGAUUAUUCAACAUAGAGCCCAAGAAGAAGCCCGCCCUUCGUGCAGACCCAGGAAUUCCUUAAGAAAUAUUUGAAGAUGUCCUCAAAAUUUGGGAUGCUUACAAUAAUAUGAACAAAAUUAUCAGUGAUAUUCUUCAAGAACAUUAAAUUGAAGGUAUAGAUAUUAGAUAGUAUGUAUUUUAGGGUAAACACAAUCGAAUAAUAUUGGAACUUUGAUUCAUUUUAAAGAUAAUCUAAUAUUAUAUAGUCAUAAGACAAGAUCGGAAAUCUAUUUUACUUUAUAGCAUAAUCCUCAGGAGUUAAUUUUAUUUUUUUGUUAUUUCUAUUUAAAGUAAAUUAUUGAGGAUUUGGAUAUGGAACAAAUGCAAAAAUAAUAAUAUGUAUGAUAUUUAUCUAAUUAAGAAAAUACCUUAUUGGCAACUAAUGGGAUACAUGUGGCACACAAAUAGAUAGAGGUACUAUCAAUUGCUUAGAGAUGAUAUAAAAUCAUUACCAUCAAAUAUUUCUAAAUAAGGUAUCUUAAAUCUCCCAGAUGAUUUGAUUGAUUAUGUUGAUUAUUCAAAUGUUACCAAAUUGGCCAAACUUGUAAUCGCGUUGGCUGAUGGAUUAGAAUCUUUAAAGAAAACUUAAUUUCUCUAUCAAUAAAGAAUUGAAUAUAUACUAUCAAAUAACAAAAUCAAAACUUAGUUGGGAAUGCAAAUCAAAGAGUGGAGAAGCAAAUAAAUAGAAAUAAAUACUGAAGUUACUGAAUCAGAUGGUAAGUUUUAGGUUGCGAAAGUAAAAUUUUUUUAAUUUCAUUUUAGUCGAGAUUAUAAUAGGAUGGAUUAAGUCGUGCAGAAACUUAGCAGUUAACUAAAGAAAUGGAAAAUGCUAAAAAUUAAUCUCAAAAUUUAAAAUAAUAAUUUUCAAAGAUAGAAAAAGAAAUUAAAAUUUUGACUUAAAGAUUCAAAUAAUAAGAAAAGGUAUCAAUAAUAUAAUAAUAAAAGGAAUUGGCCAUCAUAUCGAUUUCAUCUUUGGUCUUAAAUCCAUCAGUCUUCUUGGGAUAUGACAAUAAAAAUAGCUAAUAUUAUUUCUUCCUUUGGGAAUCAGACAAAAUCUUUGUCUGUAUGAGGCAUUCAAUAAUAGAUGAUGAAAUAUCUUAAUGGGGUUACUAUGAUCUUACUGAUAUCAAUGUAUUAAUGGAAAUACUGUGUCAAAAGGGAGUCAGAGAAAAUUCAUUAAGAAAUAAUAUAUUAGAAUUAUAGAGAGCUAAAUUAUUGUAAGGGCAUUAAGAAGAGGAAUAGAAAGAAAGUACCUCAGAUAAGAAUAAUGAUGUAGAUAUUGAAUAAAAUCAAAGCAGUAGUACAAAAGAGUAGAAAAUCAAUAGUUUAGAGAAUUUAGACAUUGAUUUGUUGUAAUAGGAAUUUUUAAAUAUUGAAAAUAUGUUGACAGAAUAUCUAAAUCAAAGAAGCUCAAGGUGGUGUAGUGGUGAGAUUAGAAACUCCUUUUUAAAUAGUUUCUAGAAUUUAAUUUAAAAAAAAUUAGACAAGAAUUAUGAUGAAUAGAAUCUUGCUCCUUUUUGCAAAGCAAUCGAAUUCUUUGUUAAUAGUACUACGACUCAGGAAAAACUAGAAAUAAGACCUGAAGAGGAUAUUAAUGGAGAUGAGAAAAUAUCAUAAUUCAAUAAGGAUGAUGAAUCACAUUAGUAAUUGAAUAGAAAAAGGAAAGUUAUUGAAGACGAUUCAUCUGCUGAAUAACCUAUUUAAACUGCAAUUUAAUACUUAGAAUAAUUAGAAAUGGGAAAGGUGAAAGUUCGAAGAUUGCCAAUGAAAUUAUUUGGCACAUAUUAUGAAACAUUGAGAUUGAAUUUAAUAGAAUAAUUAAAAUAAGAUUAUAAUCUGGUCAAAUUGAAGAUAUGUUUAGAAGUCCUUGGCUAGAUAGUUUAAGAUUACAUAAAUAGAAAGAAUACAUAACAAGUAGUAACUCAAAUACCAGAAAAAACCAAAGGUGAGGAAGUGCAUAACAAUAAACAAACCCAGAUAGCACCUGUUAAAGAACCAGAAAUUAAAGUUUAAAGCUUGAGAUAGAGAAUAAAGUCUAAAUCAUAGUCAAGGAAUGUCUAGAAUUAGUGGGAAGAUUAAUGCAAGGAAUGUGGACAAGGAGGGAAGGUUAUUUGCUGUGAUACUUGUCCCAAAGUAUUUCAUGCCAAAUGUUUAGGACUUAAAGAGAUACCAAAGGGAAAGUGGAAUUGUUUAGUUUGUUUAAGCAAUUUCGAGAGAUAAGUCAAAACCAGAGCAACUAUAAAGAAAUUAGAAAAUUAAUGA